AUGGUAACCAACACCACCAGUGUGGAUAAUGUGUUGCGAAUUGGCAUUCGAAAAAAGCAAUGUGCUCUCGUGGUGGAAUAUACAAAGAUCAAUAAUAAGGGAAAGAAGGAAUUGAGGCAUCGGAGAGUGUAUCUGGAAGAUUAUAUAGUAAAGAAUUAUCCCGAGCUGGAUGAAGAGGAAAUUGUGGAAAAUAUAAAACAAAAUGUAUUAUUUAAACAUCAUCAUGUGCUUUUUGAUCAUAUUCCAGAUCAUCAAAUAGAAAAGAUGGUCCGGCAAUUGGUAGACCAUACAACAAAAUCUUUUCUUCCACCAGAACAACAAUCUCAGCCCAACAAAUCAAAUACAGUCAACAACAAUGAAAAACAAAAACUUACAGAAGUACUCGAAGAGGAAGAUAUUGAAGAAGAAGAUUUCGAGCAGUUUGAUGACGACGAAGAUGAUUUUAAAGGACAGGAUCUUAACAAACUAGAUGAUCAAUCACUCAAGAGGGUGAAAGCAAGAAUGGAUGAAAAUUUCAAACAACUCAAACCAGGCGAUGCAGGUUACGUGUAUGAUAAACAAGUAGACUUUGACAAUGUACCAAAGACACAGUCAUCAUGGGAUGAUUAA